GGUUUUUUUCCAGAUAUACGUCACGCUCGAUGUCAUAUUCACGCGUGGAGAAAUAUUAAGAAGAAAUUGAAAAGUAUUGGAAUCACUGCGAAGCCAGAAGCAGCCAAGUACUGCGAGCAAUUUUAUGAACUUUUGGAUCAAGAAAAUUACAAACAAUACUGUGCAAGUCUUGAUAUUUUGCAACGCCAUGUUUGGAAGAAGGAUUUUUCGCUGUAUUUUGAAAUACAUAUACACCCAGACAUGAAUAAUAUGGGAGUGUGGGCGCUUACAAACUACGGCGUAAACCAUCUCCUUCAGACCAACCGACAAGAAUCUUUCAACUCUCUAUUGAAAAGGAGAUUUGUUAAGCAUCGAGGGUAUGGAGAGGAAGAAGUCAUAGAAGGUUAUUCCAAAAUUGUUCGGCUUCUAUUGCUUCGAUGCAAAAAGGCAAAACAUUCCACUGGAGAAAAUUGGCUUUUGCGUGAGCAUUUAAGAAAGGAUUACUCCAUAGAAGACGACAAUAGUGAGUUGUUGGAUCUGGAUACCGAAUUGUUAGAGACAAAAAAAGAUCUAAUCGAGGGGAUUAGCGCUCCCAUAGGCCCGUCCAAGAAAUACGUUCCUAGUUCCAUCGUCCUUAGUAGAGCAAAGUUGAUUGUACUAGAAAACCGGAUUUCCUUGGCUCCGUUACAAAAAUGUUUUUCGGUGACCACACACGGUGGACAGAAACAUGCGGUUACUUUGUUUUCUGGUAAAAAUGGAGAACCGCACCAAACUUGCACCUGUGCAUCCACCGUCACUUGUUGUCAUAUAAUGGCUGCCACGAUGUCAAUCGGGUAUGUUCCGAGAGCAUCAAACAAAAGAGAAAAUGGAACCACGAUGAGAAAGAAUGAGAAGUAUUCUCGGUCUGGAGUUAAAGGGAAACAAGCAUCCGGCAAAACUAAGAAUAAGCAGACCAAUGGCUACAGGCAAUUUCAGAGGAAAAACAAAAAGGUAGUAAUGUUGAAUAUGAAAUGGGAAACACACAUUGAAGAUGAUAUCUUUUCAUGCAACCCUUUGACAGAAGAGGCAGAAAUAGAUCGGAUAGAAAAUCUGAACAAUUAA